AUGGUGCCCCUGCAGGCCAGGACCCGGCGGCCCCGGCGCGGGCCGCCGGUGCGCGCUGUGCUGGGCGCGGACUUCUGCGGCAGGGGCAGGCGGGCGGUGGGGCGGCGGAGGGCGGCCGAGGAGGCCGGCGCUGCGGCGAUCAGGGGGGACGGCAAAGGGCCUCAGAGGCUGCGGCAGCGGCCCAGGAGGCCGCAGUCGCCGCUGUACGGAGACGCUCCUGAAGUCCAGGCUCCGGGGCCAGAGGGAGACGGUCUCGCGACUUCCACAGAGACGGAGACACCCGAGGAUCGGCAUACGGCGCCAGGGAACGAUCAGGAGACGCUGCGACCGGUGCAGGCCGCCUCCUCCGCCUCGAUGGUGCCCCGCAGCGGCGGCGCGAGCCUGGCAGCGCGACGAAGGGAGGCGGCGAGCUCUCUGAUUGGGAGGAACGCGGACCUCGUCAACGUUCGGUUCACCAUCCAGUUUCAUGUGGAAUACGGCCAGUGGCUGAGAGUCGUGGGCUCCCACCAAUCUCUGGGCGAUUGGUCCAUACUGGAUGGGGUGGACCUUGCAUGGUCCGAGGGCGACCUGUGGCACGUGUCCCUGCAGUUGCCUGCAGGCAAUGUGUACGAGUACAAGUACGCAGUUAUGGGCCAGAAUGGCCAAGCCUGCAUGUGGCAAAGGGGCAACAACAGUGUCCUUGCAGUGGGCAUGGCCAAGGAUGAUAUCGAUGUGUUUGACAACUGGGAGGGUCAUCCGGGUGCAUCUGUUAUCUCUGGAGGGAAUGUGACCACAAGGGAGAAGUGCCUUUUGCAGUGGGCAACAGAAAUUGAGAGCCACUUGGUCAGCUCAGCAUCUUCUCUUCAGAAAAUUACCCUGAAACUGCAAGAAGCACAGGAGGCAGCUCAGGUGGCCCGUCAGGAGUCUGCACGCUUGCGGGCUGAGCUUAGGGUCGAGAGCGUUGCAAGGAGAGCAGCUGAACAGCAAGUCAGGGAACUGGAGUUGCUAAACAGGCAACUGAAGGCCCAACUGCAGGAGCAGCACCUACUGUCGCGGCAAGUCAUGAAAGAUGCUCUUCGGCUACUGACAGAAGCACUGGAGAAAAAGGACAUGGAGCCGGUGAGUGAAGGACUGGACGUGCAAGCCAGCCGAAAGCCUGGCACCAAGACCAAGCACGAGUCAUCAAUAGCACCAAUGGCUAAAAGUAGCAGCAUCCCUCCGCCCUCCUUGGAGUUCAGCGUUAAGGCAGAGCCCAAGAUUGCAGAAGGCAGGAAGGACACGUUGCAGAAAGAGGGGUCAGUGAAGAUGGGCAAAGGAAGCGGCAAACCACCAUCAAAUGGUGGUGUGGGUGCACGCAAGAAAAUGACCAAUACGAAGGGAUUGGUUGACUCCAAGACGAAGGCUGGUAAUGGGGUUGUGCAAGCCUAG